AAUGUCAGUUCCAAUUAUUCUUCUUCGUGAAGGCACACAAACAAAACAAGGACGUGGACAAAUUCUAAGCAAUAUUAGUGCUUGUUGUGCUGUUGCUGACAGUGUUAGAACUACGCUUGGACCUAGAGGAUUGGAUAAAUUGUUGGUAGACCGUAAAGGCCAAACAACAAUUUCAAAUGACGGAGCAACAAUACUUAAGCAACUCGAUAUUGUUUUCCCAGCGGCGAUAGUUAUGUCCGACAUUGCAAAAAGUCAAGAUGCUGAAGUUGGGGAUGGAACUACGAGUGUUGUCAUUUUGGCCGCAGAAUUUUUGAAAGCUGCAAAGCCUUUUAUUGAAGAAGGGGUUAGCCCUCAAUUGAUCAUUAAAGCUUUUGAGGAUGCUUCAAAAGAGGCCAUCAAAAAACUUCGUGAACUCGCUGUCAAAAUUGUCGGGACUACUGAAUCUAUUGAAAUGCUUGUUCGCUGUGCAGCGACAACUUUGAGUAGCAAAUUGUUAAAACAAGAACGUCACCAUUUUUCUACAAUGGUAGUUGAUGCUGUUAGCUAUUUGGAUAUUGAUUUGCCUUUGAAUAUGAUUGGGAUUAAGAAAGUUAGCGGUGGCUCUAUUCGGGAUUCUCGUCUUGUAAAAGGUGUGGCCUUUAAAAAAGCCUUUAGCUAUGCAGGAUUUGAAAUGCAGCCCAAACACUAUAAAAAGCCUUUAAUUGCCGUGUUAAAUAUUGAAUUGGAAUUGAAAGCAGAAAAAGAUAAUGCUGAAUUACGCAUUGGAAAUGUUGCUGAUUAUCAAGAGGUGGUCAAUGCAGAAUGGACUAUUCUUUAUAAUAAAUUGGAAAAAAUCCAUGAAAGUGGCGCAAAAAUUGUUUUAUCAAAAUUACCAAUUGGUGACGUUGCUACUCAAUGGUUUGCUGACAGAGACAUGUUUUGUGCUGGUAGAGUUCAAGAUGAAGAUAUUGAACGCGUUUUAGCUUCUUGUGGGGGAUCAUUGUUAACAACAGUUUCUCAAGUGGAUGCUUCUGUUCUUGGAUGUUGUGGUGAAUUUUAUGAACAACAAGUUGGAAGUGAACGGUUUAUUUUUUUGAUUAAUUUUUUCUGUGUAAGGGCAAUAUUCGAUCCAGACAAGUCUCCGACGAGCAAAACUCCGUCCUUUCAAUUCACAUUUCCUUUGUCUGCAGAUUUGUUACGACAAAAGUUUGGAAGACCGGAAUUUUGCCGUGUUGAAGUUUUGUCUGGUCGGAGUUUUGUCCCUCCCCUUUUUUUCUUCUUAUUCUUUAAAAAUUUUUUUUCAAGUUACAAUUUCUUCACUGGCGGUUCCAAAGCAAAAUCUUGUACUUUAGUACUUCGUGGAGGUUCAGAACAAUUUAUUGCAGAAACUGAACGUUCUCUUCACGAUGCAAUUAUGAUUGUACGUCGAGCAAUGCGUAAUGAUUCAAUUGUUGCUGGUGGUGGAGCGAUUGAAAUAGAACUUUCACGUCACAUUCUUGAAUUGGGAAAUAAGCGUGAAAUGAAGGACCAAUUCUUUUGGAAAGGUUAUGCAAAGGCUUUUGAGGCAAUCCCUCAACAACUUUGUCAAAAUGCUGGUUUGGAUGCAAUUACAAUGCUUGGAGAAUUACGUGCUGCUCAUGCAAAAGGGCAAAAAUGGUGUGGAAUUGAUAUACAAGCUGAGCGUGUUGCGGAUAAUAUGGAGGGUUGUAUUUGGGAACCUGCUCUUGUUAAAGAGAAUGCUAUAAUCUCAGCUACAGAAGCAGCUUGUCUCAUUUUAAGUAUUGACCAAACAAUAAAAAAUGUAAAAUCUGCAAAUGAAAUGCCUGGAUUGCCUGGACAGCAUUGA